AUGUCAGCAGAUGCACCAUCGGCGAGUGAAUUUGUGGUCAAACUGGAAAAGAUGAUACAACAAGAGAAGCAUGUCCCAGAUCAGGACUAUAACAUCAACGAGACCGGGCUGAAUUUCAAAAGGCUUCAAGAGGAUCCGGACUCUCCUGCAUUCGACAGUCAAAGCUCAAGUCUGAUCAAACUCAACAAUGGCACAAUCCUUUAUUUAAGAGAAGUCAACCGCUUCCUAGCUCUAGUCUGCAUAUUAAGAGAGGAUAACUUUGAUAAACAAGGUGUGAUCGACUACAACUUUCUGUGUUUCCGAGAGGCCAUCCAACAAGUGUUUGAACUGCGCAAAGCCAUCUCGAGCAACAUUAUUUUAAAUAACCACACCGAAGCCAUCACCUCAUAGUGGAUUUUUGCUUCAAUCUACUUCAUAUUCAUUUGUUAAUAUGUAUGAUUGAUAUUUCUUACUGUAAAGGAUCAAUUGUAUAUAAUAGUUAUUUUUUUACUGUAAAAUAUAACUGUAUGUGUAUCUGUAUAAAGGAAUAUUGUAAUCUAUCAUAAAGUUUUGUAAUAUAUACAUCAGAAAAUGAUUUCAAAUCAUUGUUAUUUAGUGUGAAAUGUUAUAAUAGCUAUUAAAGAAUAACGGGUUCAUUAAAACAUAAUAUUUUAUAAAUGUGAUUGAUCGUUUAAUGGAUAUCAGUCCAGUGUAACAAAUGUAGUUAAAAUAAUAAUAUUGUUAUCUGUACAUUAUCAUUCAUUCAAAAUGCUAUAUAUAUUUUGAUUGAUCAUGGUUCUCAUAUGUUGAAUAAUGGAAUUAAUUGGAUCAGUGGAAUUACUCGACUGUGUUCCAGUUUAAGUGCCUAUUAAUGAGUUUGUUUUAUGUAUAUUUUGAGUAUUAUUUAAAUGCAUGUUGUUCCUAUUUAAGUUGGUUCUUGUCUAAAACACUUUUAUAUUUGUUACAGUGUUAAAUAAUAAACCAGCGUAAAUAUACUUGAUUUGAAUUGGUCUAAAUAAAUACAAGCAAUUAUAUUAUUA